AGACGACACAAGAUCUGCUCAGAAAGGACAAAAGUGCAACAUCGGACCCACCCAGAGCACUGACUGUGGCUCAGAAUGGCUGCUGCUGUGAAGUUUGAGGACCAGUUCCUCUGCUCCAUCUGUCUGGAUCUGUUCACUGAACCAGUGACCACUGCAUGUGGACACAACUUCUGCAAACAGUGUCUCUCUGAGCACUGGGACACCAGCGCCCCCUGCAGGUGCCCUCUGUGUAAAGAGCUGUUCCACAUAAAGCCAGAGCUCAAAGUGAACACGCUGCUCUCAGAGGUGGUCUCUCAGUUCAAACAGGAAACAGGAAGUAGUUGUGAACAAGAGUCGAGCGCAGGAGAAGUGUCCUGUGAUUACUGCACUGAUCCCAAACUGAAGGCGCUGAAGUCCUGCCUGGUCUGUCUGUCCUCAUACUGUGAGACGCACCUCCAGCCUCAUCUGAACGUGCCCAAGCUGAGAAGCCACCAGCUGAUCCAACCUGUGGACAACAUGGAGGAGAGGAUGUGUCCCCAACACCACAGACCUCUGGAGCUCUUCUGCUGCAACGACCACCUCUGCGUCUGCACCAUGUGCUCUGUUUUAAAGCACCAGUCCCAUAAGUUUGUGACUCUGAAGGAAGAGUUUGAGCGGAGAAAGGCCUCACUGCAGCAGACUCAGGAGCAGAGCCUGCACAUGGUGGAGCAGAGGAGGCUGAAGAUCCAGGAGCUCCAGAGCUCAGUGCAGCUGAGUGAGAGAGCAGCCCACAAAGAGAUGGCCACAGGGCUGCAGGUCUUCAGCGCUCUGAUAGAGUGUGUUGAGAGGAGCAGAGAGGCCUUCAUACAGGAGCUCCAGGAGAGGCAGAGACAGACCCAGAAACAGGCUGAAGCCCUGAUCCUGGAGCUACAGCAGGAGAUCUGUGCUCUGCAGCAGAGAAGCACUGAGGCAGAGACACUCCAACGCUCUGAAGACCACCUGCACUUCCUCCUGCACAGCACUGCACUCACGCCCCCUACUGGCCUGAAGGACUGGAGCAGAGUGACACUGGACAUAGAGACGUGUGGGAGGACUGCAGCCCGGGCUCUGGCUGAACUGGAGGAGAAACUCACUGCAGAAAUACACAAGGGCAAACUGAGGAGAGUGAGACAGUUUGCUGUGGACCUCACUCUGGACCCAGACACAGCUAAUGUUAAACUGUCUGUGUCCAAAGAUCUGAAACGGGUUCAUGAAACAGAUCAGUGGAACUUCAGAGAAAGUCCGAGUAGAUUUUCUUUGCGAAACAUUUUAUCAAAAGAAAGUUUUUCGUCAGGCAGGUUCUACUUCGAGGUUCAAGUCAAAGAUAAGUGUGUGUGGAUUUUAGGAGUGGCCAAAGAGUCUGUGGACAGAAAAAAAAUUGGCAAUCUGAACAGUAAAUAUGGAUACUGGUGCUUAUGCCUAGAAAACAAAGAGUUAUUUGUCUCUUUUGAUCCACCUCGAGUUCCUGUGUCCCUGAAGUGUCCUCCUCAGAAGGUGGGGGUGUUUGUGGACUAUGACAAGGGUCUGGUCUCUUUUUAUGAUGCUGAUUCUGCAGAUCUCAUCUACUCCUUCACCGGCUGCAGCUUCAAGCAGAAACUGUUUCCAUUUUUAAAUCCUUGUAAUAACUUUAAUGGUAUAAACUCUGCUCCUCUGAUCUUAACAGCAGUGGAGAAGUGACCAAGUAUCACAGAUGAUGAUCUUCAGUUUGUGAACUUUUGUUCCGGUGAAAGGACAUAGAUGUAAAUCAGAACACAAAUGUAGAUUCAAAGGCUAUGAGUAGAUCAAAUGAUUAACCAAACACUACUGACUCUAUAUUAAAUGGUCAGUGUAUG